AUGCCACCCAAAGUCGUUAUUACCGAUCCCACGCCCCUAAAGGCCUCCGAAGGCGCAAAGUCCGCCGCCAAGCUGCGAUCCAAGUCCAAGGAGGCUGCCCAGCUCCCCAAGCCCAACCUGGGCGACGCCUGGGCCCCCACUUCCUGGCAGUCCAAGCCCAUCACUCAGGACGUUGUCUACGACGACUACACCGGAGUGGAGGCCGCACUGGAGAAGCUGGAGUCCCUGCCUCCUCUGGUUUCGCCCUUUGAGAUUGAGAAGCUGCGAACCAAGCUCGCCCACGCUGCUAACGGCAAGGCCUUUGUUCUCCAGGGAGGAGACUGUGCCGAGCUGUUUGAUUACUGCACACAGGACCGAAUUGAGUCCAAGCUCAAAGUUCUGAUGCAAAUGUCGCUGGUACUGCUGUGGGGAACUGGACUUCCCGUGGUUCGAAUCGGCCGAAUUGCCGGCCAGUACGCCAAGCCCCGAUCCAAGCUCACCGAGGAGGUGGACGGCAAGACUAUCAACUCUUUCCGAGGAGACAACAUCAACGGCUUUGAUGUGUCGGACCGAAAGCCCGAUCCGGCCCGUCUGGUGUCCUCCUACUUCCACUCGGCAGCCACUCUCAACUACAUUCGAUGUGUGCUUGCGUCUGGCUUUGCCGAUCUGCGAAAGGUGGACUGGUCGCUGGAACACGUCCAGAACCCUGAGACCAAGGAACGAUACCAGAAGACUCUGGACGCCAUCACCGAGGGUCUGCAGUUCAUGCACACCAUUGGAGCCGACACUGCCCAAGAUAUGCAGACCAUUGACUUCUUCACUUCCCACGAGGCUCUACUUCUGGAGUACGAGCAGUCUCUGACCCGAGAGGCCAAUGGGCACCAUUACAACACCUCCGCACACUUCAUUUGGAUCGGAGAUCGAACCAGACAGCUCGACGGAGCCCACGUGGAGUUCUUCCGAGGAGUGCGAAACCCCAUUGGAAUCAAGGUCGGACCCACAAUGAAAGCCGACGAGCUGGUGCGACUACUGGACAUUGUGGACGCCAACCACGAGGACGGACGAGUCACCCUUAUCACUCGAUACGGUGCCUCCAAGGUGAAGGAGCUGCUUCCUGCCCAUAUCAAGGCUGUUCAGUCAUCUGGACAUAAGGUUGUAUGGAUGUCUGAUCCUUGCCACGGCAAUACCCAGACUUCUACCGUCACCAAGCUCAAGACCCGUCACGUGGACGACAUUGUUGAGGAGCUGCGACAGGCUUUGGAGAUCCACCGGGAGUGUGGUAGCAAGCUCAACGGCGCCCAUCUCGAGCUCACCGGAGACGCUGUAACCGAGUGCAUUGGAGGUUCUGCUGGUCUGUGCGACGAGGAUCUCGUUGUGAGAUACGACACUGUGUGCGACCCUCGACUGUCUUUGUCUCAGUCUCUGGAUGUGUCCUUCCUUAUUGCAGACAGCAUGAGAGCCCAGAAGUAG